GAUUUAGCUGUAAGAAUGUAUCAAAAUUGCCUGCGGAAGUUCUAUCACAAUACAGACUCUCAGAUUCUUCUCUACGUAGCUAGGACUCAUAAUGAAGCUGAACAAUGGCAAGAAUGCAAGAAAACUUUAUUAAGAGCCAACCACUUCGCUCCUUCGAAUUACACACUAAGGUUUGAUGCAGGAGUAGCAAUGCAGAAAUUGUCGACAUCAAUACUUCAGAAGGACAAAAGGACUGCAGAUGAGGUUCGUUCAGCGGUUACAGAGCUAGAGAAUGCCGUUCGCAUGUUUAGCCAAUUAUUUGCUGCAUCGAACCUUCUUCUUCAUGGGUUUGAUGAGAAGAAGAUAAACACCCAUGUUGAGUAUUGCAAACACUUGCUUGAAGCAGCAAAAGUUCACCGUGAAGCCGUUGAACAUGAAGAGUGGCAGAGCAGGCAGAAACAAGAAGCAACUCGUCAGCUUGCAUUGGCUGAAGAAGUCCGUCGUAAGGCCGAAGAGCAAAGAAAAUAUCUGUUGUAGAGAAGGAAACAAGAAGACGAACAGAAAAGGCUCCAGCAGGCCGAGGAACAUUUCAAGCGUGUGAAGGACCAGUGUAAGAGUAGCAGCAACCAUUCCAGGCGAAGGGAUAGGCCUGCAAUUGAUGACGAAGAGGGUGGGCAUAGUGAGAAGAGGAGAAGAAAAGGCUACAGCAGGCCGAGGAACAUUUCAAGCGUGUGAAGGACCAGUGUAAGAGUAGCAGCAACCCUUCCAGGCGAAGGGAUAGGCCUGCAAUCGAUCACGAAGAGGGUGGGCAUAGUGAGAAGAGGAGAAGAAAAGGUGGGAAGGGGAGAAGGAAUGAUAAGAACAAAUCGCGUUACGAGAGAGAC